GAGAGUCAGGUCCAGUCUCUCUCUGUUAAGAGUCUCUCUCAGCCACCGUUUAGGACCAUCAUAUUUACAACAAGGAAAUUAUACGCGUGUUUCACAAGCCAUUUCUCUCAAUUUUUCAUUUAUUUUUUUGCAAAUCUCUCACAAGCACAAAACCAAUUCCGCUUUAUCACGUCAAUCUCAGAUCUAAAACGAUACAAAUUGCCGAAAACUCCAUUCAUUUCCCCAAAGAAAUCCACAUUAUUUACUCGUUUACAACAUUUUUUUUCUACUAUAACUUCCCCAGGAUUCAGACCCAUUUUCCAUAGAUCCGAUUAACAGCAGGCAAUGAGCUAAAAUCAUCAUAUAAAUAUUUUAUAAAAAUAUUCAUAAAUAUUAUUUUCUUGAAUUUACAUACAUUUCGAGGUUUGAUUGUUUUAUAUAUAUUUUUAUGGCAAUGCAAUCUGGGAAUGUGGCGGCGCCGGAGAAAAUGCCCGGACCGGGAGAGGCGGCGGCGGUGAGGGGGCAGUGGUACCAGUACCCACAGCAUCAGCAAUUGGAUGAGAGGGAUGGGUUUUUGAUGUGGUUGAGGGGGGAAUUUGCAGCUGCAAAUGCGAUAAUUGACUCGCUGUGCCACCACUUGCGGGUGGUUGGGGAGCCAGGGGAGUAUGAUGGGGUGAUUGGGAGCAUACAGCAGAGGAGGUGCAAUUGGAACCCUGUUCUGCAUAUGCAGCAGUACUUUCCAGUGGCUGAGGUGAUUUAUGCGCUGCAGCAGGUUGGAUGGAGGCAGCAGCAGCAGAGGGCUGUGGGUUUUGACGGGGGUGUAAAGAUGGGAAACUGGAAGGAGCAUAGGAGAGGAGGAGGUAGGGGCCAUAGAGGAGGUGGGGAGGGGCAGAACUCGAGUGUUGAGACGAAUACUAAGAAAUUUAAUGUUUAUGUCAAACCCAAUACAGAUACAAAUGAGGAUGUGAGGGACAAUAACAAUUUGGGUGGAGGGUCAGAGAGUGGGAAAGCAGAGGAGGAGAAUGGGAAAAAGGAGAAGAAAGAUAGCUCGGUAAAGACUUCAGGAAGCACACGAGGAUCUAUUGCUGAUUCAGAAUGUGAGACAGAGGGUGCUGAUGAAGGGUCUUGCAUUGUGAGGAAGGAAACUCAAUCCAUUCAAAUACUGAAGGAGAAACAGAAUCUUAACAUAACUCCAAAAACUUUUGUCAGUACUGAGUCAUAUGACGGGAAAUUGGUUAAUGUGGUUGAUGGGUUGAAACUGUAUGAAGAACUAUAUGAUGAUUUAGAAGUUUCAAAACUAGUUAAUCUGGUGAAUGACUUGAGAGCUGCGGGGAGAAGAGGAAAGUUGAAAGGUCAGACUUUUCUUAUCUCAAAGAAACCCAAUAGGGGACAUGGAAGAGAGAUGAUUCAAUUGGGUGCCUCCAUUGUAGAUGCACCUCCAGAUGAUGAAUCUGCUUCUGGGAUCUCCAAAGGCAUCAUUAUGAGCAGUCUUGCAAAUUAUCAAGCACUUUUUUAUAUUUUCUUUUGGAAAAAUUCACUUAGAUUUAUUGAAUAUUUUGCAGAUCAAAAAACAGAGCCCAUUCCUGCGUUGCUUGAAGAUGUUAUUGAACGGUUACUCACUAUGCAAGUUGUUAGUGUGAAACCGGACUCAUGCAUUAUUGAUAUCUUCAACGAGGGUGAUUUUUCACAGCCUCAUAUCUGGCCACAGUUCUUUAGUAGGCCUGUAUGUGUACUGUUCUUAACGGAAUGUGAUAUGACUUUUGGUAAGGUAAUUACAGCGGACCAUCCUGGGGAUUAUCGAGGUUCUCUCAAACUAUCUGUUUUACCAGGAUCCAUGCUUGUAAUGCAAGGAAGAUCUGCAGAUUUUGCUAGACAUGCGAUGCCUUGCAUUGGAAAGCAGCGUAUGCUUGUUACAAUGACAAAAUUGCUACCAAAGAAAACUGCACCUAAUGACAAUCAACGUUUUACUUCAUCUGUAGCAGCACCUCCUUCCCAUUGGGUCCCACCUCUUAGUUGGUCUCCACCUCAUAUUCGUCAUCCAGUGGCCCCUAAACACUAUGGCUCAGUUCCAACUACUGGUGUAUUGCCGGCUUCAACUGCUCGUCCACAGGUUCCAUCGCCUAAUGGCAUUCAGCCGAUAUUUGUUCCUGCCCCGGUUGCACCUGCCAUGCCAUUUCCUGCACCAGUUGCUGCCCCACCUGCCUCUACUGGAUGGCCUGUACCACCUUCAAGGCAUCCUCCACCUCGCCUACCACUCCCUGGCACUGGUGUUUUCCUUCCUCCACCAGGCUCGGGUAAUUCAGUAAAUCAGCCUAUAUCAAUUCCUGCAACUGAAAAUAUUACUGCUGAUACACCAUCUCUGUUAGAAAAGGACAGUGAUUCUCAGAAAUUAAAUGGUAACAAAGGCACUUCCCCAGAAGUAGAUUGGAAGGAGCAAAGUGAAGAGUGCAAUGGCAACAUAGAUGGAACAAGUCAGUUGAGAGUAACAACAGAAGAACAUCAAAACGUUGAUUGUGCCAAACCUGCAGCAACAGCUUAGAUACAAAGAGGGAUAGAAGCGGUUUAAUGCUGUAUGCUUUUAGGAAGAACACUCGGAUGCAAAAACUGAAAUGAGUUUAAAGAAAAUGUAAAGAGCGGCGAAUGUUGAGGCUUACACUUUUCACACUAUUAGCCGGGCCUAGAGAGAGGAUCUGUUCUGUUCGAGAUCCCUUUGUUCCCUGCUACUUUUUGUUGUCGUAUUAUAUAACUUUAAUUUUAAAUGGAACUCAUUCUCAGUGGUAGUCUCAAACAAUUUUAGCUAUCAAGUAGAGUAUUGAGGACGAUAUUUUUUUUCAAAUGCAUGGUUCUAUAUUUAUUUUGCGUUGA